AUGCGCCUGGAUGCUGCCGAAUUUGAUCUGUGUCUUGGUCCCAGUGACGGCGAUAUUGACGAAAUCUUUGAAAUCCCAAUGAUUGAUCUGGGAGCUCAUAGAAGAUACAUACACUCUUCGACGAAGCUCACCGAAUGGCUCGGCAUCACCCUCGCACCGGAUACAUGUGGCCCCAGCCGUCAGCAUUCUACGGUGCAAAAGAGGGAUCCAAAAUGCCGAUUCAUAUACCUGUACGGAGAGAGCUCACGCGACAAACUGAAAAUAACACGUCAAAGUCUUUGUGAAAUUUUGUCUUACCACGGAGUCAUGCCCGUAUACCUGGACUUUAUGCUCGUCUUUGGUGGUCAGACUGAUGCAAGAGAUCUUCGCUUCAGUGGUUUCCGAGAGCAGAUAUGCCUCAGAAAUUCUACAACUGGACAUGCAGCCCCUGAAUUGGGUCGGAGUGGCAGCCUCUUCCAGCUCUGCUACAACUUGAAGGGCGUACAAUCCAGGAAAACGAGCGAUGAAAACAUCAGGCUCCAUGUUUGGACAAUUCGAGACGCCGCAAUCUACCACCAAUUCGAUGUAAAGUAUGGGACUACCCUCUGGAUUGUGACAAAAGGUGGGAGAGACAUAUUGGAUCGGUUUUUAGAAUUGAGUGGACGACCAGAGGACAGUAUGUAUCACGACUACAUAGCGUGCUUUCGAUCAACACUUGUGACGCAUUUGCUUUAUUGCCACUGGUCAACAGAAGACUGGAGAUGGUAUAUCGUGUGGCUCGAGAGAAUGAUAGACCUAGAAAGUGGUAUGGCCGUGUACGGCCUCCGUAUUCCAGGCUGCGCUUAUAGAGAAUACGAACCAUGGGAUAUACAAGAUUUGCAACAUUGGCAGGACAGAACCAAUGCAGCAGUCAUGGUCCUACAGUCCAAUGCUAAAAUCGUAAGGGUGCUACAUGGCUUCUACACUCGAUUGAUUUCUCGAGAAGAUUUCCCCAGUGAUCUGCACAUGGCCUGCAAAGAUGAUCUGCACGCUUUCUUUUCACAGCUUGAUGAGAUCCUGGGGGAUUUUGAUAUGCAGAUUACCCGCGCUAAACUUCUAGCAACAACGAUAAAUGACAGAAAAGAGCUGGUAGUGCAGCAUCUACACAGCCAAGCUUCAGAGCGAACUGAACAGCUGAACAAGAAUCUUGAGCGAGAAGCGAUUGUCAUGCGAAUCAUUACGAGUGUCACGCUGCUUUACCUGCCAGCAACGUUCGUAUCAACCUUCUUCAGCACGGAUGUUAUCAAAUAUCAGGAUCAGAACCAAGAUUCUGCCAACUACAAAAAUGGUUCCUUCUCUAGCCUUGCGCUGAAGCGCUGGCUCCAGGUCACCAUUCCUCUGACAUUUGUAACUUUACUUGGGGCAUGGUCAACCUAUCGUUCCUACAACACCACUGUGGAAAGGUUCCCAUUCUCCGAGAGACUGAAGCGCCUCGUGCCCGGCUUGGCAGCAUCUCCGACGGAUUCCCGUAGUACACGAGGGAUGGCCCAAGGCGACUCUCAUCCAAAUUCUGGAAGCGACGCAAUUCGGAAGGAGCCUUUGCUGGUACAGCCUAGAUCACCAACGCAUCAGUCUGAGAUUGCCUGCUUCAGUUACGUUUCUUAA